UAACCAAAACACACACAUUCUACUAUUAAGCACUAAAGUUAACAUUUUAAAAAAUAGCACACAAAAAACUAUAAAACAAAAAAGCAACAUGAAAGUUAAUAAAAUUCUGCCAUUUGACAGUACUUUGCUCAAUGCCACCAUUUCACUAAGACAAUUGGAAGAAAUCUCUAAAGAGAUUUCCAGCCGUGGCCAGGUCUCUGGUUUGAACGAAGUUGUUUGGGCUCUAAAGGCACUCACACUCACCGACUUGACUACAUUGGCGGGAGAUGACACACAGGCCAAUGUAGCCCGCCUCUGCCAUAGAGCAGCAUACCCCUUUCCAUUGCAUCUAAUAGAAACAACCAUAGAACAGACUUUGCACAAACAAAUACAUACGGGAGCAGUUUGUGUUUAUCCAGCACGUGUAGCCGAUGCUCGCAAAACAUUCGAACAACUAAAAUGUUACGAUGAGAUUCCUAUAGCGGCUGUAGCCACUGGCUUUCCUACAGGACAAUAUGGUCUGAAAACACGUUUAGAAGAAAUAACAUUCGCUGUUGAGGCAGGAGCUAGGGAAAUUGAUAUUGUUAUAAACCGUCAAUUGGCUUUGACCGAACAGUGGCAGGCACUGUACGAUGAAGUGUGUGAGAUGAGAAGAGCGUGUGGGGAAAAUGCCCGCAUGAAGACCAUAUUAGCUAUUGGUGAAUUAGGCUCAAUGGAAAAUGUCUACAAGGCCUCCAUGGUCUGCAUGAUGGCUGGUGCCGAUUUCAUUAAAACCUCAACAGGCAAAGAGUCUGUAAAUGCCACUAUACCCGUAGGUUUAGUUAUGAUCUGGGCCAUUCAGGAAUUUCUACGUAAAACUGGUCAAAUAGUUGGCUUAAAGCCAGCCGGUGGAGUGCGUACUGUACGCGAGGCAAUAGCCUGGAUGACAUUGGUUAAAGAAACAUUGGGAAUGCAAUGGCUGCAACCAUCACUCUUCCGUUUUGGUGCAUCUGGUCUGUUAGAUGACAUUGAAAAAGUGGUGCGUAAGGGACUGGCCGGGCAAGAUGUACAGACAAAUGCUGCUGCGGCGUAUUAACAUGAAUUUAUGUAACAAUUGCAUUUAAAAGAAAUAAUAAAAAAGAAGUUAUUUUUUUCCUAUUAAUCUAUGUAUUUAUAAAUAUGUAAAGAUAUUUGUGUGUAUUUUUUUUUUUAUUUGGACUUUAAAUUGUACAUUUUAAUUUAUUUAUUAUAUACAUAAGUUAUUGUUGACUUAUUAAAUUCAGUUUGAAAUACAUACUAUUAUUCUAAUUUAA